AUGCCAUCAGCAGCUGGUCUCCGAAUACACGAGAAUCAUUUACCUACCUUCAUGUCAGUGUAUGGCAUGAAUUCAAACAUGAUGGACGAUUCAGCGUUAGGCGGCACUCCCACCAAAUUAUCGGCUAGUCUGUAUAACAAUCAACAAACACACCAAAUUCCGGAAGUCAAGACCGAUAGCAACCUACUUCAAAUACAUUCCCAUCAACAUCGGGAAAGCACUUCAACACAAGCAUCCGAUUCGACGGACUCUUCUCCAACCACAACAGUGUCGACGAUAGACUCAUCUUCACUAUCAGAUCCAUCACCAAGUUCGUCACCCGAAUCACCAAUCACUAUCGUCCCAUUAUCCUCAUUCACCGGAUCUUCGUUUGGCCUAGAUUCUUUCCAAAAUCUGAAGAUGGGUGAAAUAGAUACAAGGCCGCCGCCCAUCACCGUUGAACGGCCUAUGACUUCGCCUUCCCCGAGGAAAAAGAAUCCCAAAAGUCUUGCUCUAAAUCUCCGACCAAGCAUUGAUGAAUUCGCCUCAGAGCCACCUUCCCCGUCUUUUAUCAAACCACCGCCACUGAAGGCUAGGAGAAAGCCAAGUCUUUUAAGUUUAAAUACGGGAACAGCGAAUAUGACCUCGGAACCUUUGGGACAACCGGGAACCUCAUCAAUGCUGCAACGCAGAGGGUUAAAACACUCUGUCUCGUCGCCGCAAAUGCUUUCAAUGACCACACCAGGCUUCGGCCCUAGUGGUGGAAUGACGUUGGGUGAUCCUUCUAGGGGCUUUGGUGGUUCGAGGCUAAAAGAAUCUGGCCCGCCGAGGGAUACAUUCACCAUCAAUGAAGACGACGCACCCUCGCCAACAGGAGUUCAAAUGGCAACUCGAGCACCAGGCAUGUCUAUUGGCGGUGACUCGUUUGACAGACCACCUACAGGCGAGGACUGCAAGUCUCCAUCAUAUCCUGACGGUCCAAUUCUUAUGCACGAACCGACCAUCCAUCUAUAUUCGGAGCCUAAGAUGGAAGAGGCUGCAGAAUUUGAUGUUGUGAUUAAUGUCGCGCGGGAAGUCAAAAAUCCGUUCGAAGCAAAGCUUGGGGAGAUGAAGAGGGAGGAAGAGGAGAAACAGAAGAGACUCAGUCAUACCACUAUCGAAUCCAGGGACAACUUUGUGGAUUCCUACACCGAGAUACCUGGUACAGCUGGAACCAUUUCCUCCUUCCAAACUGCCUACGAGACUCAAUCGGCUGGUUCCGAAUCGAGCUCCACAGAAUCGUCCCCAUCCACACCACGACCUAGCACCUCGGAAAUGAAGAUUCCCGAGUAUAUACACAUUCCUUGGGAUCAUAAUACAGACGUGCAAGGUGAAUUGUGGGAUUUAUGCCAAACCAUAGAAUCAAGAGCUAAGGAGGGGAAAAGGGUUCUGGUGCAUUGUCAACAGGGUGCUAGCCGAUCGGCAACCUUGAUAAUAGCAUACGGGAUGUAUAUCAACCAGGACCUAUCAGCUAAUGAAGCAUACAAUUUGGCACAAUCGAAAUCACGUUGGGUCAAUCCAAAUAUGUCACUUCUCUUCUCCUUAAACGACUUCAAAAAAGUCAUCGAAAGAAAGAAGUUAGAGAAACAGACCGUCGAGGACAAGAAAAUGGUUGCUAAAAACGAAAGCCUGAGUAGGCACAGGCAAUCGUUAUCUGCCAGUGAUCUCGAUACAGCAUCGUCUGUCGGCCGUAACAGGGUUAAUUCUUCUUCUGUUUCGCCACCCAGAGAUUCAGCUGUCAGAGAGCCUGUGAUUCUGAAUCAUUCAGCCAAAGAAGAGAUAAAUUCUGGUUGCAAUUCUGCGAUUGAUCGUCUAAGUCGUUUUGACUUCGGAUUUGGUGACAUUCCACGAAUUGAACCCUUCACAAAGUUCGGAGAUAGUUCUGAAAUCGAGCGACUACCAUUACAGGAAACCAAAUGGCAGCUUGACAUGAUGUCCCCUCGACCACAGGAUGAUGACGCGCAAUCAGGUAUAAUGUCCCCUCGGAUAAGUGAGAUGACUCGCAAUCCUCUCGAACAUGCUUUUUCACGUGUCAUUCCACAAGAAUCUUCCAAGGGAACGCCCAGUCUUUUCUCUCCACGUGGCUUUGAUUUUCAGCGGACGGCAUUCUUCCCUCCAACCGUCGCAAUCCAUCCAAACCUUCCACCUGCUCAAGAUCCUCGAAGUCCACCCAUAACAGGCGAAGCGACUAUUACUCGAUCUAUCGAUGACUUCCUUUGA